GUGAGGUGGAAGAAGUAAACAACCUGGAAAAUGUGAUUCUGGAAUACGUAUCCAUUGGCCAAGAGCUUGACCAGUUCAUACAGGCUGUGGGCGAUGUCACACAUCAGAUACAACAAGAGCGACCAGAGCGAAUGCCUGAUUUGAAAGCAUUAGUAGAUAAAAGGUUUAGUGACCUGAAAAAUGGAAACAGAAAAGCGGAUCUACUCACAAAUGACACAUAUAUAGACUUUAAACAGCAGCUGGAUGCGCUAAAAAGGCAAGUUAGUGGUGAAUGGCAGAAUGAGAGCACCUCCACCACGGAAGUUGAUGAAGACAUUGCAGUCACCCAGACCCAGAGGAAUUUCACAUGCCCCAUUACACAGAAGGAAAUGGAACGUCCCGUGAAAAAUAAAAUUUGUGGUCACAACUAUGAAGAGGAAGCCAUAAUAAAAAUAAUCCAGAACAAACGCAGACAAAAGAAGAAAGCCCGGUGCCCAGUCAUUGGAUGUGAUAAUGGAGAUGUUAAACAGUCUGACCUUUCAGUUGACACAACUCUGAAGAGAUCUAUUGAAAAUCAGAAAAAACAGCACAAUCUGUGAUUGUCACACAGAUUUGUGUUGACACUUUCAACGACCAGAACAUCUCAAUUGUAAUUCUCUAUCAAGCCAUUCUUGUAGAGAGGGACGAGUUCCAUUUUAACUUCUGAUAAUUAUUCUAUAUUUUGACUACAUUUUCUGUUUCAUUUGAUUUACUUGUGUUUAGGUUACUGAAAGUCACAUAACUUCUUACGUGACUCGUUUUAAUUGGAGAUUGACAAUAGCAGCACAAACCAAAGUGCCUGAAGUUUAGUUUGUUCAAAUCUAAAUACGUUAUAGGUUUAUUUCAUCUGAAAGUCUAGUUUGUGUUCAAUUGAGGAAAUUGAGUUAAAUGUUUUUUGUAUUUGUUGUUUACAGUUAUUACCAAACUAUUGAACUGUGAACAACUCUGUUAAGUGAAGUUAUCAUUAAAAUGUCAAGAUUUAAAAUUAGGAUUUGCCUACAAUGUGGAUAAUGCUUUAACAUUUUGAAAGUACUAUUUUAUAAGAUGUUUUUCUGCAUGAUUUCUCAACAUUACUGUUUGCAAUUUUCAGUUCAAGUUGUCUUCUCUCUUGCAGCUUGAAUCUAAAAUAAAAAUUGCUUGGUUUAUUGGUUUGCUUAUUGAUUUAUCUGUAAGGAAUCAUAGGGUAGCAUCUUAACAUAUUGUACUUGAUGCAAGUUGCUAUUGACAUUAGUUAUGUUGAAGCAUAUAGGAAUCAGAAGCAGCUAUGUGGGAUAUUAAGUGAGUGGGUGUUAUUAUGAGACGUUCAAGAGUUUGCUGUCAAAACAUUGUAUAUGUUCUUCCAAUUCAUGGCACUUAUUGACACUCAUAUUUUUGCUCAGUAAUAAAAGUAGGGAAAAUAUUU